GAGCGACUUGGUGAUGUUGCAAGCGAAGGUGACGCAAAUGAUUCAAGAAAAUAUAGAAGAUCUUCAAUCCAGUAACCACUUCGACUCUCAAGUUCUUUUAGGUUUCUGAUUUCUUCUUUCUCUUCUUCUACCCUUAGUCUGUAGGAGCUUUUGCAAAUGCUUUGUGUUGUCCUUGUUGUUCUGAACACGUAAGAGUGAGUGUGGAUAUGUUAAAGAGGAGAGAGAACUCAUAGAGAAUUGAGAAUUCAGAGAGAAUGAUUUUCAGUGAUUUUUUGUGAAAGGAAUCAUUUUUUUCAAUUGAAGAGUGAAUUGGGAAUAUAUAUACAGGAUAAUCCCUAACUUAUUCGGGCAGACUUCGGAAAUGGUAGUUGAAGGUUUGAGCAUCGUUUAUGUUAAUGGUUCACAUGAAUGAAGUUGUUAGGACUAUUAAAUAUGUUAACUCUAUAUUAGGGUUCUGCUACAAUUAGUUGGAGCUUAAAUUGGAGUGAGUUCAGUUGGUGUAGUUAGUUGGUGAAGUAGAACUCAAUGGAUGAAAAAGGUCUGUUAGGAGUUAGUGUUUGAGAUGUUAGAAAAAAUUUAUGAUAUGUUGGUGUGAGUGGGUUACUUAGGCGCUAGCACUGUCAGUAGGGUAAUUAGAUUGUUGGAAGGUUAGUUUGAUAGAUUGAAUGGUUAGAAGAAAGUUAGGAUGUGUUGAUUUGGUGAAUGGAAAUGUAAAUUGCAGGUUAUAUGCCUUUUGAGUUGAAUGUUAUGGAGUUGCAAUGCAAACUAGAUUGCUUGAAUCAUAGCAGCAGAGCACCUACAUAAUGGUAGCAAAUGAUGGAUCAAGCUUAAGUGUUCUCAUUGUUUAUAGAUUUGUAUUUUCUACUGCUUUCACUGUGCCAUUUGUUUUCUUCUUUGAAAGGAAAAGUGUGCAAAAUUUGACUGGAAAGGUGUUAUUCCAAGCUUUUCUUUGUGGAUUAUUUGGGGGAUCAUUACAACAAAACUUGUAUAUUAAAUCUUUGGCUUUGGUAUCUGCAACAUAUACUAUAACCAUGUUAAACCUCAUUCCUGCCAUUACCUAUGUCCUGGCUGUUUCUCUAAGAAUGGAGAAGCCAAAUCUUGGAACACCGGCUGGGAAAGCGAAGUUGAUGGGAACAUUAAGUGGAAUUGGUGGUGCAAUGAUCCUAACUUUAUAUGAAGGCAAAAGAUUAUUUAACUUAUCAUUGCACAUUGACUUGCUGCAAAAUGCUACAUCAACAACACAUCAUUCCCCUGCUGGUUCUCAUGUUUGGGGACUCAUGCUAGCUUUAGGCACUGCUCUCAGUUUCUCAUUAUGGUUUAUAACACAGUCGAAGAUGAGUCAGAAUUUUCCGUGGCAUUAUUCAAUUGCGGCGUUAACCUCUAUAAUGGGUGCAAUUCAAUCUUUUAUAUAUGCUAUUUGUACUGAGAGAGAUUGGAGCCAGUGGAAGCUUGAUUGGAAUUUGAGACUUUUGACAGCAGCUUCUGCGGGUAUAUUGGCCUCUGGAGUGUGUUUUGUUCUGUUGGCUUGGUGUGUGGGCAUGAAAGGACCCUUGUAUGUGUCUGCUUUUAACCCUCUAAUGCUUGUUCUUGUGGCCUUCAUUUCUUCGUUCGUAUUGAACGAGUACAUUACAGUCGGAAGUCUAAUAGGAGCCGCGUUGAUUGUUUGCGGAUAUUACAUGUUAUUAUGGGGUAAGAGCAAAGAAGCGAGAAAAAUGGAUAAUAUGAAUGUAAUAGCUUCUGAAAAUGUA